CGUUUUUCUUAUAAAAUAAUCGGGAUACACCUAACUUCAAGAUGCCGAGCGCGUCAUUCACAUCGUCACGUAGCUACGUCCGCAGAUCCCGGAGGAAAGGCGCCAACAGAAUCCCGUUACCCUCUAGAACAACAUCGGCCGAACCAUGCGAGCUACCGUGUCCAGCUUCAAAUCCAAUUCCUUCAGGAGGCGGGGGUGUAGGAGGAGGCAGAGGAUCUUCGCCUAGUGUUUCGGGGAUAGCCGCCCCUUCUCCGUCUCAUUCGCACUCGUCACCCUACGAUCUUCGCCGUAAGAGUCCCCCGCAUCCGGAUCCUGCACCUGGCACGAGUUCAGCACUACCACCUCCCGGAGGAAGCAGUAUCGCCGCUGCUCUUGGAACCUCAUCUUUACCAGCCAGAAAGCGACCUAGGAGAACGUGCUCACUUUCAACCGAUGGCACAAAUACAAAUACAGCUGCACACUACCUACAGUACGAGUUGCCGGAUGAGGUGCUGCUGACGAUAUUCAACUACUUAAUGGAACAAGAUUUGUGCCGUGUCUCGCAAGUGUGUAAACGUUUUCAAGCGAUUGCGAAUGACACGGAAUUGUGGAAGUCGUUGUAUCAGCAAGUUUACGAGUAUGAUUUGCCACUGUUUAAUCCGGCACCUUGUAAAUUCGAAUUUAUCUCGCCGGACGAAUCGGAUUAUUCGAACCCCUGGAAAGAAAGUUUUCGACAGUUGUACAGAGGAGUGCACGUCAGGCCUGGUUUUCAGGAUCUUAAAUUCAAGGGUAGAAAUCUCCCAUAUUUCAACACUGUACAAGGGGCUUUAGACUUUGUUGAAGAAUAUAGAAGUAGCAAUGGAUCGACGCCAAAUGCGAACUCAACUACCAAUGUUCAAGGUAACUGUUGCAUCAAUAAUUCGCAAGGCACCGAGGAAACGCCCCUGCACCUAGUAUUUUUACAUGCCGGGACAUACCGUGGUGAAUUUCUCAUCAUUGACUGCGACGUAGCUUUGAUAGGAGCUGCCGCAGGCAACGUCGCCGAGUCUGUUAUUUUAGAAAGAGAAUCAGAAUCGACAGUCAUGUUCGUUGAAGGUGCUAAACGCGCAUACGCAGGCCACCUCACUCUCAAAUUCACACCUGAUGUAACCAGCACUGUACAACAUCAUAAACAUUACUGUUUGGAAGUAGGCGAAAAUUGUAGUCCAACGGUCGAUCACUGCAUUAUUCGUAGUUCGAGCGUCGUUGGAGCAGCGGUCUGUGUGUCGGGUGUUGGAGCAAAUCCUGUGGUGAAAAAUUGCGACAUAUCUGACUGCGAAAACGUUGGCCUGUAUGUAACGGACUAUGCCCAAGGCACCUAUGAGGACAACGAAAUAUCCCGAAAUGCACUGGCGGGGAUUUGGGUGAAAAACUACGCGAAUCCGAUUAUGAGAAGAAAUCACAUCCACCAUGGUAGAGAUGUUGGAAUAUUUACGUUUGAUAACGGCCUAGGAUACUUUGAGGCGAAUGAUAUUCAUAAUAAUCGAAUCGCUGGUUUUGAAGUCAAGGCGGGUGCUAAUCCGACCGUUGUGCACUGCGAGAUACAUCAUGGUCAAACGGGCGGUAUAUACGUUCAUGAGAACGGUCUUGGACAAUUCAUCGACAACAAAAUUCACUCGAACAAUUUUGCUGGCGUUUGGAUAACAUCAAAUUCUAAUCCAACGAUUCGUAGAAAUGAAAUAUACAAUGGUCAUCAAGGUGGGGUUUACAUAUUUGGCGAAGGCCGUGGCCUUAUAGAGCAUAAUAACAUUUACGGCAAUGCUCUCGCCGGGAUACAAAUCCGGACGAACUCAGAUCCGAUUGUCCGACACAACAAAAUUCACCAUGGACAACAUGGUGGUAUAUAUGUUCAUGAAAAAGGUCAAGGUUUGAUCGAGGAAAACGAAGUUUACGCCAAUACCUUGGCCGGGGUUUGGAUAACGACGGGAUCAACUCCAGUUUUAAGAAGGAAUCGAAUCCACAGUGGCAAACAGGUCGGAGUUUAUUUCUAUGACAAUGGUCAUGGGAAAUUGGAAGACAAUGAUAUUUUCAAUCAUUUGUAUUCUGGAGUACAGAUUAGGACUGGGAGCAAUCCUGUCAUUAGAGGGAACAAAAUUUGGGGUGGACAAAACGGUGGAGUCCUCGUGUACAAUAGCGGUCUAGGCCUUUUAGAACAGAAUGAAAUUUUCGACAAUGCCAUGGCAGGUGUUUGGAUUAAAACUGACAGUAAUCCAACGUUAAAAAGGAAUAAAAUAUUCGAUGGAAGAGAUGGCGGAAUUUGUAUAUUCAAUGGGGGAAAAGGUAUACUCGAAGAGAACGACAUAUUCCGAAAUGCGCAGGCUGGAGUUCUAAUUUCAACCCAAUCGCAUCCAGUCCUUAGGAGAAAUCGUAUUUUUGAUGGAUUAGCCGCAGGAGUCGAGAUAACGAACAAUGCGACCGCCACAUUGGAGUUCAAUCAGAUCUUCAACAACCGAUUUGGAGGUCUUUGUCUCGCCAGCGGAGUUCAGCCAACAACUAGAGGUAAUAAGAUAUUCAACAAUCAAGACGCAGUGGAGAAAGCUGUCGGUAAUGGCCAAUGUCUUUACAAAAUUUCAUCGUACACGUCGUUCCCGAUGCAUGACUUUUACCGUUGUCAAACGUGCAAUACGACAGAUCGUAAUGCUAUCUGUGUAAAUUGUAUAAAAACCUGUCACGCUGGCCACGACGUAGAAUUCAUCCGGCACGAUAGAUUUUUUUGCGACUGUGGAGCUGGAACCUUGAGUAACCAGUGUCAGCUGCAGGGUGAGCCGACGCAGGACACCGAUACUUUAUAUGAUAGUGCUGCACCCAUGGAGUCACACACGCUCAUGGUCAACUAGAUGUAGCUAAAGUGAACCAACUGGUCCCAAAUCCGUAAUGAGUGAAAUGUGAUGUCUGUAUACGAGGAAGGUAUAUAAAUCAAACAGUAAAUACCAUUUGGUUUAUAACAGACUUUGCCAAAUGGUUGUAUGCUGUUGUGGUAUUUUUUGUAAACUGUAGCUUCGAGUUUAUAAAUAAUCUGUUGACAGUGACCUGUUCGAAAGAACGAGAUUACGGAGGUGUGUGCAAAAACAAGAAAAAACGAGUGAUAAAGAGAGAAAAAAAAAAAGAGCAAAAUCUAGAAUUCCACAAGAUGCUUAACUGUGUAUAUACUAUAGUGGCAAGCAUCUUGCUAAUAAUGUUGAGAAACUAAAGACAACUUUGAGCAGUUAUCUGUAUAAAACAUUUUGUUUCCGAACGAAGAAACGUAUUUUUGCAGUGGGGUACCACCGAAAACUAAACCGUCAAACAAUGCCGUGUACCCGAACAAUUAGAAUCGGAAGAUGCGUCUCGUCUCGUAAUUAGGGGAGAGAUCUACGACUUGCAUUACCAUGUUGUACUAAAUCUUUUUCUACAAUCAAUACAACAGAAGUGCUGUGCACAAAACAUUAAAAAGCAAGUAAAACAUAAUUUGGUAAAAUAAUCCCAGCAAACGUUUACGCAUUGUAGGGGUAAUAUUUUUUCUUUUUUUCCCCCUUUCCCGCCCCCGAGGAAGUAUGCUACAUACGUACGAUGUCCAAAGAUAGAGUGGUAAUAAAUAACGAACAAAAACGUUACAUGAUAAAGGAAAGUAAAUAAUCAAAUAAUCAAAAAAGGGAUGGAAAAAAACUGAUUGAAUGAAGACAUUGAUUCUAAAAUGAAAUAAAUAAAUGAAUGGAGUAUCUUAUAUGAAACAGUAAAAAGUUAAGAGUAUACAUUUGAUUAAAAAUAUAUAUUCUCUUGUGUUAAAUAAGAUGGAUUAAAGCAGCUGAAUGAAAAAAAAGGCAAAGUGCAUAAUAGAAGGAUAAGAAUUAAGACAAAAAGUAUUUAAACUAUUUAAUGAUUUAAACGAAAAUGAAGAUAUUGGUGUGUACCGGUGAGAAAAAAAAACAGCAAAUCAUCAAACAAUAAACUGUCCGCAGAACAGUGAAUCUCGAGUUGUUAAGAGUGAUCCAACUGUUUUAAAAACAUUGUUGUUAUUAUUAUUAUUAUUAUUAUUAUUAUUAUUAUUACGUUUAAUAUAAUGUUCUGUCGUAACUCUCGUAAGAGGAGAAUACCCUAUGAUACGAACAAGCGCCUAUUAGCCAUGCCCCCUCCUCCCUGACCUCGCCCCUGCCACUCUCAUUAUGUGUCCAGGGAAUCCACACACACACACACACACACAUGUAUAUGUAUGUAUAAUUCAAUAGAUAAGAAGUCUGUGUCUACAGAGUCUGGAAGAUCUGGAAAUUGGGCCAGAAUUUUUUUUAAUCUUAAAAACUUGAAAAUAGCCUGGUAUCUCGUUACAAGCCUUGAAUUUUUCCGGGACAUGCGAAUUACAUUAUUUUUGCACUUGGCGUACGCUUUUAAAUCAAUUUUCGGCAAGAUAAGAUACGUUCUUUCAAGUGCAGAAAGAGACGGGGCAAACAGGAGCCUCUUGUGGUUCCUGCCUCAACUUCUGGCUUUCUCUGCUCUUCUUUUGGGACUGAUGCGACUACGUCUGUCAGUUGCUACUGUCUUUAUUUCAAUUUUUUCUACUAAAGCCUGUAUAAAACUUGUAGAGACGGGCUCUUUUUGGUUUCUAGGAUAUUCUCCGUAUGAAGCUGAAGCUAGCGGCCAAACGUGUUGAACUUUUUGGAAAUAGAACAAUGCAGUUCCGUUAUAUCCUCAUAAUUCUAUGAAAGUAUCGGGUUUCAAGGGAUUUUACAGAGUUUUGAUUUUUGGAUUUUAUUACCUUAUUCAAAUGAACGUCAAAACGUUUGGUUGCUACUUCUGGCUGCUAGGCUUCAACCUCGUAUUUUCCCUUCCACAUCGAGGUGUCGGGGACCCAGUGGUUGCCGCAUCCUAAACACUAUCAUUGUUACUAAAUUUCAGUCAACAAUAGCUUGUAUUUAGUUUGACAAUCUCAUCCUCAUUACCCAUCUUAAUUUCAGUUUCUCAAACAUCCUAUGUGUAAGUGGCUCGAAUUUUUUUGUUGUAAAAUGGUUUGACAAACCUAACAGAAAAGCCUGAAACUUCGUACUCCAAACUCUGUACAUUGAUUACAGUAAUUGUAUGUAGCACAUUUUGUAUUCUAAGUAUCUGCCAAGUGGUAAAGAUAAAAGCUACUUUUGGCAUUGAAUAUUGUUCGUUGGUUUUAAAAGUAACGCCAAGUUGUUGUAAACAAUGUAUAAAAUUCUCUGUAGUGUUUUUAGAAACAUGCAAGACAAAAAAAAAAAAAAAAAGAAAAAAAAAACAAACAAGAAGACAAAGACUCCAGAGGAAACUUUUAUCAACGAUCAAUGAAAUACGUUUUGUAGAAGAUAAUCGUGAAAUGAAAAAGACGAAUAGAAAUCGUAUAUUCAGAAGCAAUGCAGGUGUAUGCCGGUAUAUUGUUAUUUUGUUUUUAAACUUUAUAAUUGAUUGAAAAAUUUUCAACUUUAUGUAAAGAAAUUUUAGUAGGGAAAACUUAAAGUAGAAUAUCUGUUGUUUUUUCCAUUUCUGUAUUGUAUAACAAUAUUAAUUUGUUUUUGAUGUGGUAUUUCGUGGGCGACUAGCUAAGAAUAUAUUUUCAAAAUCGUCAAAUAUAAAAACCAUUGUUGACUUUAAUCAUACUAUGCCAAUUGUAAAAUGAUACAAUAGUAGACAAUAUUUUGUUCUCCCUAUCCCAAAGAUGAGGACAUGAUGAAAUGAAGUUUUCCAACAGUAGUUACCUAUAAUCCGUAGCCUUAAGCAUGACGACCGACAAGUGAUAAUUAAUAUCAUCCACAUUGAUUUGUGCCGCGGCUAUGCAUAUGAAUUUUAAGUGAUUACAGCCUCAACGAUCGACUAUAGACCAUGGCAUCCGCUACUCAAUUCAUUUCUUCCAUUACCUUCCGAAUAUACCUGGUUAAUUAUACUCACCCAUGUAUUUGGUGACUUGCAAAUUUGACAUGAACAAAAACGAAAAGCAACAGAAAAAUAACUUUAAAUGGCACUAUUAAUAUGACAAGUAAUUCUGCACAAAUAGAAACUACGACUACGACUACUACUACUACUUAAAAUUAGUCAAAGCCAACUGACACUACUUCCAAUGAAAUUUUAUAAUACGUCGUUAUUAACAUCCAGUGCAGUACCGAUUCAGACAAUAUUCAAGAACUUUCUUACUGUAUGGCAAAUUUCUAGAAUGGCUGUUUUUUUACAGUUGAUCAAAUGUCUGUUUCCAGAGAUCAAAGCAUUGUUAUUCAUUAUUUUUUACUGCAGCAAGAUUCUAAUACUUGUUUUUUUAUUUGUUGAACGCACUAGGGUAAGAUUUAGUAAACAAUGUGGACACGCCAUGUUUCAAUCCCCCCGUACCCAAUUCACUCCCACAAAAUCUUACCUCUUAUCACAAUUUUCACAUGCAAAUUGAAAAUGAAAUUUCUUGGGCACUCUGUUGAUUUGAUUAUCAGAAGGCAUAUGUCACCGUUUACGAAUUAUAAAUUUUGAAACACGUUUGAAGAAAACUGUGAUCAUGUGAAUUGAUUGGUUUGCCGAAUAGUAGUUCCAAAAAUGUAUAACGUAGGUAUAAUAUUCACAUAUAGCCAUAUACAUUUAAACAUUAGAGAGCUGGCCUGGCUGUUUUAGGAGUCAGCAGAUAACUCGGAAGCUCCAUUGGGGACGUACUGACUAUUUAUAUGCAUAAAUCAUACCUCUGAAAAAUAUCAAAUUUCAAGCAAAAAACACCGGCCCUCUAAUGGUUAAUUAUCUUCCUUGAAAAAUUAGAUGAAAAAAGAGCUAUGGCAGAAUGAGAGAAUAUAUUCAACUUUUGCUUUGAUCGUUUAUGGAUCAUAAUGAGAAACUUCUAAACCUUGUUGAGUACCUCGUGUAAUCAAUUAAAAAAAAAAUAAUAAUUCAUUAGCAUUGUAACCUCCGCUCUACUAUUAAUUUAAUUUUUUAUUUGUAUAAUUAUUUAAAUACCAUUUUGUUCAAUCAUACACGCACAUACAGUCGUACGUUAACUGAGUAUUGUUAUUUCUUUUCUUUCAUCCGUCAUUAGAAGUAAUCUAUAUUUAAUAAAUUGAAAAAAAUCUCUUUACUAUUUUUCAUUAGAUUACUCAUAAGAUCGACAAUUUUUUCACGAUUAGGCGAAUAAAUAAUACUUCAUUCCAAACAUUUUAUACACAUACUAUUAUACUCCGUACUGAACGCUACACGAUUGUUUUUUUUUUUUUUUUAAAGCAAAAUACUUGCCAUUAUUAUGUUAGUGGCCAUAAUAUUAUUUGUUUUGUGGUAUAGACAAUAUAGCUACUAUAAUAUACACAUACACAAAAUGUGCAACGCAAGCCUAUGGAAAAGUUGAUACCACUACGUAUUCUGUACAUAUUAAUCAUCCACACUAUUAUUAUUAUUAUUGUUAUUGCUAUUAAUUUUUUUUGCUUGUACUUUCAUGAUUCAUAUACCCUUAGUUUUCACCAUGACAUUCAUCGUAUUGUAUAAUAUCGUACAAAAUAUUAAAAGUUCCAUACUUUUUAUUCAAGACAGAGCCCAACGCACCUAUGCCCCACUUUUACUACUUUACUGAAACUAGUAUCAAUGCUACUAAAACUACGUAAAUUAUACAUAUAUACGUACUACGCUUCCUGUGCUGAGAUGAAGAAAUGUCGGAUAUUAAUAUUGCCUCUCAAACUUUGUUGUGAAUUUUGUAACAAGCAACCGAUACACAAAGAAGAUCUCGUGAAGUGAAGCUACCAAUAUCUCAACGACGAGGUUGAAGCUAGCAGCCAAACUUUCUAACGUUUACUCGAACAAGAUAGUGAAGUUAGAAAAUGAAAAUUUUGAGAAAUACCAUGAACCCCCAAUGUGUUCAUAGAAUUGUAUGGAUAAGAUUGAACUGUAUUUUUCUAUGUCCAAAAAUUUUAUCACGUUUGGCUGCUAACUCUAGCUGCUAGUUUCAGCUUCGUCACCUCAGUGUGGUUCUUCCAGGGUCCAACAGACAACGGUUAAUGCAAAGAAAGCUUGAAGUCACCUCGGGUAGCUUGAAUGGCUAUAUGUCACGAGAUUCUCUUGGUGAAAUCAAAAUUGAACAGAGAAUAAACUUUUUACACUCUGUCAACCUCUAAACUCGCAACAAUAAAUUAUCCUGACCCACACACACGCACACACACACACACAAUGUGAAAAGCGAAAGUGUAAAUUGUGAUUUCUGACACACACACAAACACACGCCCAGAGAGGGGUGGGGGGAGAGAGACAGAGAGAGAGAGAGAGUCAGAAAUCACAGCCAAUAUAUUUGUAUGUACACGUAUCACAAUUUACACUUUCGCUUUUCACAUUUCUAAACUACAAUCUGACGAUCAUAUACAUAUUACAAAAAUUUAUUAUUAAUAUUAUUAUCCACAUAUUGUAUCAGCAACGGCGACAAUUACGCUACGCGUAGUUUUCGACAUAUAUUAAGUCAUACAUAACUAUUUACAUAUAUUGUAAUGAUAAUCAAAAGUACUAGGUAUGUACGGUAUUUUUUAAAACAAUGGUGUUUUUCAUUAGUACAAGAAGAUCUUGUCAUCCAGUAGAUGAGAUUUUACAAAACCGGUUUUAACAAAAACUGAUCAUUUUCAUCUCAUCCCAAUUACAGGAUUCAUUUCAAUUUACACAUUAAUGGAUAUUGAUUGAAAUUUUUAUUUUUUGAGUAAUGUGUCAAUAACUGUAAUAAAUUAUCAGAGUUCAUCGCGCUAUAUAAGUUUAAUUUAUCAGAGAAGAAAAAAAACAACCGUACUGUACUGCAAGGUGGCAUUUACGUUACUAAUCAUGAACAUGAUACAUUGUAUAUUUGAACUGUUGCGUCAACACACACACACACACACACACAUGUUACAUAUAGAAGUAGAAGUAAGUGUAAAGAAAAGAAUCGAAUCCAGACCGAACAGUUGUAUAAUGAAAGGAAGCAGGAUUCCUUUUUUCUUAAUGUUAAUUUUACUUUGCAAUGCGGGAUCAGGGGGAGGGGGCUUUGUAUUGUAAACGCUAAUGCGCAAGAGUGCAAUUUUAUAAAUUAUAAACCAUAUUACAUACAUAUAUACAUACAUACAUGAUUAUAGGCGUAAAUUAGUUCAUGAAAUGAAAUGAAUUAUUUUAAAGCUCAGGCCAGUACAAGUAAAGUAAAUGGCCAGGGCUUUUAUUUGAAUAAUAUAAUUUUUAGUGUGUAAUAUAACAUACUACAAUUAUAAAUAUAAUAUGGCUUGAAUUGUAAAUAGAUUAUCUUAAAUGUAUUUGACUCUAUGAUUAUAUCGCUACUACACUGAACCAUACUAGACUGCAUACAUAUACUUGGAUAAUAAAAAGUAUUGAUGACAAAUUUCAGAUUAUUAGAGACCAUGGCAGUGUUCAAGUUUACGCCUGGCGAAGAGCCUUCAAGUAAAUUUGUUCAUACUUUUCUUUUUUUUUUUUUCUUUACAUGUUUCACAAACGUUAUAUCGAUUACCCAAUAAUUGGGUAUCGAUGAUAUACUACGCAUUAGAAAUAGAAAUGUCAACUGCUAUUAUUAUUGUUGUUAUUAUUGUUAUUAUUAUUAUUAUUAAUCUUACUACUACCACUACUACUACUAUUACUACUACUACACUUGAUACUUGAACGAUGCCAUUAUAUAAUUAGUAUUGCCUGUAUACUAUAAUUCCUUAGUAGCUCAAUACCCUACUUAUACAAUUAUAUGAUUUUUUAUUUUAA